CCGGUGAUGCGUGGAGGUACGUGUGGACGCUAGCGUCGUGCCACUGCCUAUGCCGUGUGUGAUUGACGAUGUGACCGGCGUGAUUUCCGACAGCUGACAGCGGAAUGACAGUCCGAUGACAUCUAGCGACGCGUCGACCUGAUCCACUGUACCCGCAGCCACAGGCCGAACCCGGAGAGCGGAGCAGAGAUGCAAGGCAUCUGCGAGAACAUUCGCACAGCGAUCGAACACGGACGUACUGACAUUAUCAGGUCGCUUCUAGAUGCAUGUGAAAACGGUAAUGCCACGGAAGGCAUCACAAGAGACAAGAUACUAAACCAACCGGUCUUGGAAGAAGGAACCUUUUUAUCAUAUGCCUCAAAGACUAAUCAGGCGGAUAUUGUGAGAACACUUUUGAAUUGUGGUGCUGAUCCAGCUGUACAGAAUGCAAAUGGACAUAAUGCAGUCGAUGUUGCCUCGAGUGAUGCAAUACGACGUAUUUAUAUAGAGGAAUUGUUGAGGGCGACAGCUGCUUCUGAAGUAGAUAGAGUAGUGCAGCUACUAGAUGCAGGAUUAGAUGUUAAUUCGUGGGAUUCACAGGGUAGUAAGAACACACCAUUGCAUUGGGCAGCAUGUUAUGGGAACAAAGAUAUUAUUGCGUGUUUACUUGAUAAAGGAGCCGAUGUAAAUGCCGAAAAUGGCUGUGGUGCAACACCAUUGCACGAUGCGGUAAAUCGUGGCGACAUUGCUAUCUGCCAGGAGCUCUUGCAGGCUGGUGCAAAUCCUCUUGUACGAGCUACUAAAGGAACGUUUGCAGGAAAAACACCAUACGAAUUAUCGAGGAAAAAACAAUCCUUACAUUGUUUCCUUCAAAGAUUUAUAUCGAAUUUCAUGAUGAACGAAAACGAGACAAUACACAGUCCCACUAUGUCAUAUCCAGAUACAAAUUAUUGUCAGAAAAGUCUCUCAUGCAAUAUGAGCCAAUUGUCAGUCGAAUCUAACAAAUCCACGGAUCCGACAUAUGAUGUGCCUUUGCGCGAUGCAAGCAAAGAGAGCCCUAACAAAUCUAUCACUGAUAAAGGGAGUAUCUAUAACUUGCUAUGGCCACAACCAAAAACUGUAAACGAAUUGAAAAAUUUUACGGGCCCAUUUAUCGCUGGAAAAGAGCUUUUUAUAUCAAUAAUCCAGGGCACUGAAUCUGUGCAUAAAAUAUUAGACGUGUGGGAAAUUAGCAGAACUCAUCUACUGGAAUUGGGUCAUGAUGUAAAAAUUGGAGAGGUACAACCCAGUUGCGGCAAGUUGCUCAACGAUAACAUGAUAGAAUGCGUCGUGAAUAAAAAUUUAUUUAACAUUGCGGAUAGCUAUCAAUUACACAUUACACAUAAUUCUAUCAAAGUGAACGCUGGAAGCCUAGCAGGACUUCAUUACGCGGUUUGCACAUUCGUGCAGAUUCUACGUUUGAGUAAGAAUCAGAGUAGAUCGGAAGUGUGCGAAAUAGAGCCUGUUUUUAUAAAAGAUGAGCCACGAUUCGCGCAUCGUGGUAUAUUGCUGGAUAUUUCGCCUAGAGGACGAGUACCGACCUUAGAAUAUCUUUUACACAUUAUUGAUCUACUCUCGUCAUUUAAAAUCUCGCAUUUACAUCUCUACUCUAGACUCGUACAAAAUUGUGAUUGGCAACUUUGCUAUUCAAAGUCUGAGAUGGUGACUCUAGACAGAUAUUGCAGAGAUCGCCAUCUAGAGAUAGUUCCAACGUUGGACGUAGAUUCCAAUGUUGGCCAACAUCACUUGAUGCAUAUGUGGCCUAUCUUUCAAGACUUGCUUGCAGUAUUCCCUAGUUUAAAUUAUGUUCAUGUAGGUCCGCGAUUAACUACCUUAUUAGUGCAAGCUGAUAGUUUUGACUUGAGCGUAUCCGUCAAUGACACUCUGGAAACGGACAUGUCGGAAGUAUUCAAAUCUUACACGUGCCUUCAAGAACUCUGGCAUAUCCUCAACUUGAGCUCAAACACAACUCUGCUUUUAUGUUCCAAUAGUUUUCAUUCCAAAUCUGAGUUUCACAAUGUUCCUACUAAUAUCAUAUUUGUUGAAUAUGGAUUUCAGGCUGAUUAUGAUUUCUCCGAAUGGACAGAACCAUUCAGAGUAGCGGGCGGUAAUGUUUUACCAAGUUCUGGCACAGCUGGUUAUAAUAGUUUAGCAGGAUGUCCAGCAUCGACAUAUGCCAACACAAGAAACGCGAUAAGAACCUCUCUGGAGCAAAACUCAAUUGGUGUCGUUGUUGCACAUUGGUCUGGUAGUCAUCAUCUUACACCACAUCCUUUCGCAUGGAUUGGUUAUUUAAUAGCAGCUGGGUUAGCUUGGAAUCCAACGACAGAAAUAGAUUUAGGACCUGAUGAUAAUUAUGAUAUUCCUGAAUUAGCUGCGUCAGUCAGGGAAAGAUGUAUCACGAAAUUAUUGGACAUACACGUGUUUCAAGAUUCGGAGUAUAAAAUCGGUAAUGCGAUAUUAGAAUUGGGGCGUCUAGACACGUUGGUGUUAACAUUGAGUAAAAAUCAAGCGGUCAAGGACUUACAACAGAUACCAGAUAAUCGCGGUUCCACUUUGUACAGAUUACUGACCGAUCCAGAUAACGUGAAUUUGGAAUAUCUCUCAGCCGAUCUCUUCGCUAAAAUGACAAAGCAAAUCAAACGAAUAUCUCAUUCCUUGUACGAGGCAAAUUUAUCUUCCAAGUUUGCGUCAAUGGAAAUACAGGAAUUACAAUUGACAUCCGAUCUGAUGCUGACGGCUUGUAAAAUUGGUCGAACAUUGAUUGGAGUCGGCGUGAAUCCGAAUAGCAAUAUGGGACUUGCUGUUAUCAAUCUAGGAGUAUGUAAUUUGCCGCCCACUUUCAGAACCGACAUAGCGAACAAAAUGUUGGCUCACAUAGAGCAAUAUAAAGGUUCUUGGCUACAAAGACAUUUUCCGCAGGGUCUUCAAAGUUCCUUGCUAGUUUUGACCAGCGCGUUGCAUAGACUUUUACAGGACAUCUUUUAAACUUUUGUGUUGUACGGGAUUUUAUUCUAUAAAAGGCUACAAAUACAUGCGGCAAGUGAGAUAUACGGAAUUUCAAGAGGUAUUCGAAAGGAAACUAUCGAAAGCAAUAUGUAUUAUCUCUUACAUGUUAUCAAAUAGCAAUUGUUAUAUAUUUGCUAUGCUGUAUUGUUUCUCGAUGUCUGUAAAUUUACAAAACUGCUUUUGAAAAACACUUUAUUGAAGAAAAUAUAAUUUUAUGAUAAAAAC